AUGGGAGAAUGGCCUGAUGAGCGCUCUAAUGGGAAGUUGGAUAUAGAUGAUGAGCCACCACCAGAUUCAUUAGAUACUAUUAGAGAGUGGGCUGAUGAGCGCCCUAAUGGGAAGUUGGAUGUAGAUGAUGAGCCACCAGCAUACUCAGUAGAAAAAAUUAGAGAAUGGGCUGAUCAGCGCUCUAAUGGGAAGUUGGAUAUAGAUGAGCCACCAGCAGACUCAGUAGAAACUAUUAGAGAAUGGGCUGAUGAGCGCUCGAAUGGGAAGUUGGAUAUAGAUGAUGAGCCACCACCAGACUCUGUACAAACUAUUAGAGAAUGGGCUGAUGAGCACUCUAAUGGGAAGUUGGAUAUAGAUGAUGAGCCACCACCAGACUCAGUACAAACUAUUAGGGAAUGGGCUGAUGAGCGCUCUAAUGUGAAGUUGGAUAUAAGUGAUGAGCCACCACCAGACUCAGUAGAAACUAUUAGAGAAUGGGCUGAUCAGCGCUCUAAUGGGAAGUUGGAUAUAGAUGAGCCACCAGCAGACUCAGUAGAAACUGUUAGAGAAUGGGUUGAUGAGCGCUGGAAACGGAAGUUGGAUAUAGAUGACGAGCCACCACCAGACUUAGUAGAAACUAGUAGAGAAUGGGCUGAUAAGCGCUCUAAUGGGAAGUUGGAUAUAGAUGAGCCACCGGCAGACUCAGUAGAAACUAUUAGAGAAUGGGCUGAUGAGGACUCUAAUGGGAAGUUGGAUAUAGAUGAUGAGCCACCCACGGACUUAGUAGAAACUCUUAGAGAAUGGGCUGAUGAACGUUCUAUAGGUAAGUUGGAUAUGGAUGAUGAACCACCACCAGACUCAGUAGGAAAUAUUAGAGAAUGGGCUGAUGAACGCUCUAAUGGGAAGUUGGAUAUAGAUGAUGAGCCACCAGCAGACUCAGUAGAAACUAUUAGAGAAUGGGCUGAUGAGCGCUCUAAUGGGAAAUUGGAUGUAGAUGAUGAGCCACCACCAGACUCAGUAGAAACUAUUACAGAUUGUGCUGAUGAGCGCUCUAAUGGGAAGUUGGAUAUAGAUGACGAGCCCCCACCAGACUCAGUAGAAACUAAUAGAGAAUGGGCUGAUGAGCGCUUUAAUGGGAAGUUGGAUAUAGAUGUUGAGCCACCACCAGUUUCAGUAGGAACUAUUAGAGAGUUUGCUGAUGAGCGCUAUAAUGGGAAGUUGGAUAUAGAUGAUGAGUCACCACCAGUCUCAGUAGAAACUAUUAGAGGAUUUGCUGAUGAGCGCUCUAAUGGGAAGUUGGAUAUAGAUGAUAAGCCACCACCAGACUCAGUAGAAACUAUUAGAGAUUGGGCUGAUGAGCACUCUAAUGGGAAGUUGGAUGUAGAUGAUGAGCCACCACCAGACUCAGUAGAAACUAUUAGAGAAUGGGCUGAUGAGCGCUCUAAUGGGAAGUUGGAUAUAGAUGAUGAGCCACCACCAGACUCAGUAGAAACUAUUAGAGAAUGGGCUGAUGAGCGCUCUAAUGAGAAGUUGGAUAUAGAUGAUGAGCCACCACCAGACUCAGUAGAAACUAUUAGAGAAUGGGCUGUUGAGCGCUCUAAUGGGAAGUUGGAUAUAGAUGAUGAGCCACCAGCAGACUCAGUAGAAACUAUUAGAGAAUGGGCUGAUGCGCGCUCUAAUGAGAAUUUGGAUAUAGAUGGUGAGCCACCAACAGACGCAGUAGAAACUAUUGGAAAAUGGCCUGACGAGCGCUGUAUUGGCAAAUUGGAUAUAGAUAAUGAGCCACCACCAGACUCAGUAGAAACUAUUAGAGAAUGUGCUGAUGAGCGCUCUAAUGAGAAGUUGGAUAUAGAUGAUGAGCCACCACCAGACUCAGUAGAAACUGUUAGAGAAUGGGCUGAUGAGAGCUGUAAUGGGAGGUUGUAUAUAGAUGGUGAGCUACCACCAGUCUCAGUAGAAACUAUUAGAGAAUGGGCUGAUGAGCGCUCUAAUGGGAAGUUGGAUAUAGAUGAUGAGCCACACCCAAUCUCAGUAGAAACUAUUAGAGAAUGGGCUGAUGAGCGCUCUAAUGGGAAGUUGGAUAUAGAUGAUGAGCCACCACCAGUCUCAGUGGAAUCUAUUACAGAAUGGGCUGAUGAGCGCUCUAAUGGGAAGUUGGAUAUAGAUGAUGAGCCACCACCAGACUCAGUAGAAACUAUUAGUGAAUGGGCUGAUGAGCGCUCUAAUGGGAAUUUGGAUGUAGAUGAUGAGCCACCACCAGACACAGUAGAAACUAUUAGAGAAUGUGCUGAUGAGCGCUCUAAUUUGAAGUUGGAUAUAGAUGAUGAGCCACCACCAGACUCAGUAGAAACUAUUAGAGAAUGGGCUGAUGAGCGCUCUAAUGGCAAGUUGGAUGUAGAUGAUGGGCCACCACGAGACUCAUUGGAUAUAGAUGAUGAGCCACCAGCAGACUCAGAAGAAGCUAUUAGAGUAUGGGCUGAUGAGCUCUCUAAUGGGAAAUUGGAUAUAGAUGAUGAGCCACUACCAGACUCAGUAGAAACUAUUAGAGAAUGGGCUGAGCACUCUAAUGAGAAGUUGGAUAUAGAUGAUGAGCCACCACCAGACUCAGUUGAAACUAUUAGAAAGCGAGCUGAUGAGCGCUCUAAUGAGAAGUUGGAUAUAGAUGAUGAGCCACCACAAGACUCAGUAGAAACUAUUAGAGAAUGGGCUGAUGAGCGCUCUAAUGCGAAGUUGGAUAGAGAUGAUGAGCCACCACCAGCCUUAUUGGAUAUAGAUGAUGAGCGACCAGGAGACUCAGUAGAAACUAUUAGAGGACUGACUGAUGAGCGCUCUAAUGGGAAAUUGGAUAUAGAUGAUGAGCCACCACCAGACUCAGUAGAAACUAUUAAAGAAUGGGCUGAGCGCUCUACUGAGAAGUUGGAUAUAGAUGAUGAGCCACCACCAGACUCAGUAGAAACUAUUAGAGAAUGGGCUGAUGAGCGCCCUAAUGGGAAGUUGGAUAUAGAUGAUGAGCCACCACCAGACUCAGUAGAAACUAUUAGAGAAUGGGCUGAUGAGCGCUCUAAUGGGAAGUUGGAUAUAGAUGAUGAGCCACCACCAGACUCAGUAGAAACUAUUAGAGAAUGGGCUGAUAAGCGCUCUAAUGGGAAGUUGGACAUAGAUGAUAAGCCACCACCAGACUCAGUAGAAACUAUUAGAGAAUGUGCUGAUGAGCGCUCUAAUGGGAAAUUGGAUAUAGACGAUGAGCCACCACCAGACUCAGUGGAAACUAUUAGAGAAUGGGCUGAUUAG